AUGCCUUGUCAGCGAUUUUUUUAUUGUUUCGAUUUCGAAUACAUGCACCAAUGUCAGGGGACGUCGGAAUCGUCCAAGAAACAGAAACUCUUCUUGAUGCUGUGGUGCCCCGAUACCGCUCAUGUCAAGAAAAAGAUGUUGUACUCUAGUUCUUUUGACGCUCUUAAAAAAUCCCUGGUAGGAGUUCAAAAGUACAUCCAGGCGACAGACCUCUCGGAAGCGAGUCAAGAAGCCGUAGAGGAAAAACUCCGAGCCACUGACCGUCAGUAGCGCGUUCAUUACCCCCUUUCUUUUUUUUUAUUUCUCUUACGACUGUCUACUCAACGCACCGACCUACCUAGGUGUAUUAUUUAUAUAAGUAUUUGAAUAUUUAAUAAAAGCUUCAUUUAUAAACGACCGAGGUGUUUCAUUCAACUGUGCGAUGUACAUUUGUAAGUGAUCGAAUUGUGUUGUUGGAUGUGGUUGAAUAAAGACGUUUUUCCAUCA